AUGUCUCCUAAUAGUACACGGGUCGUGAUCAUUGGAGCAUCUUAUGCUGGCAUUGGGCUGGCCCAAUCCCUCCUCAAGACAAUCCCCAACAUCCACAUUGUGAUCAUAAACCCCUCGGACACAUUCUUUUUCAACAUCGCCUCGCCUCGGAUUCUGGCAAAACCAACGGCCUAUCAAUCUGACCAGUAUCUGCUUCCCAUCGUGAAGGCCUUUGCCCAUGCCCCUGCUGGUGCAUUUGAGUUUAUACAAGGCCAUGCAGUCGACAUCAACCCUGAUUCCAAAACCGUUGUCGUUGCCAACAAAGGCAACAUCGCCUUCGACUACCUGGUCAUUGCUUCCGGUAGCUCCACUCCAUCGUCAACAGCUCAUGGAAGCACCUUAGCGCCUUUCAAACCAACCGGCGAAAGAGAUCUGGAGGCACAGAUUAACGCCGCGCAACAUGAGAUUGCACGUGCCAGAUCUGUCAUCAUUGGAGGUGCCGGUGCGGUUGGUGUCGAAUUUGCUGGGGAGCUAGCCGAGGCCUUGAAUGCUCGCAAAACAGACAUCGCGCUGAUAUCCUCGACAUGGCAUGUUUUGUCCGCACUCAAAAAGGCCGCAUCACAGAAGGCGGAGAACAUUCUGACUGAGAAAGGUGUGAACUUGGUACGAGCGCGCAAGGUUGUGAGAGCGACGCAAGAUGCUACCUCGGGAAAAUGGAAGGUAGACUUGGAUGACGGCCAAACCAUGGAGGCUGACGUAUACAUUUCGACGACCGGAGUGGUUCCCAAUAACAAGUUCAUUCCGCCUCAGUAUCUGGACAGCAAGGGAUGGGUGUCCGUGGACAGCGAAAUGCGCGUCAAGGGAUCUACUAGCAUGUAUGCGAUUGGAGACAUCACCAGCCACUCGGCUCGCCUGUUACUCAAAGCCCAGGAACAGAUCCCAGUGGUUGCAUGCAACCUUAGAGCUGAUAUCCUGGGGCAAGGCAAGAGGAAGAGAUAUAUGGCGGACGAUAAAGUAAUGAUGAUUGUGCCUGUGGGGUCAUCUAGUGGAACUGGCCAGAUGUUUGGCAUGGUUCCAUGGGGAAAGCUGGUUGCCAUGAUCAAGGGAAAAGACUUCUUUGUCUCCAAGGCGAAGGAGAUGAUCGGGAUGAAAUAG